ACUUGGAAGCUCCCAGUGACACACUGCAGGAAAGACUCUGCAGGUUCUAAAAGGGGAGUCAGACCUGAUGGUUCAGUAAGGGCCAAAGCUCUUAGUGGCACUGCAAAUGGGACUUGUCCAAAGAGGUCCUUUUGCUCUGUAGCUUUUAGGGAUACAACCCAAGCCCUUGAGUAGACAGACAGCAAGAGACAGAUAUUCCACACUUCCCAGAGCGGUCUGAGCAGGUGCCCUUGUAAGGCAGAAAAUCUGUGGUCAUUCUUGGAACCUGAGUAGAGGAGUGGGGAAGAGUUCCCUAUCUGGACAUUGGCAGGCCUGGCUCUAAGUUCUACUUUACCCAAUGUCAAGGACCAAGUGUCCUCUGUCCCUUCAGCCAUAAAAUGGGAAGGGAUGAACACAGCCUUGUCCCAGGUGGUUGUGAUGACUGAUGAGACAUAAGAUGUGACUCUGGGACUCAGAACAGCACAUUCUGUUCCUGUGCCCAUAGCUCACACACCUGACCUGAAGAACAGCAGCUGAUCAGAGGAUCUAGAACCUUCUAGACUCUCUGGCCAAAUGUCACCAUCAUGGGCAUCAUAUAUACUUUUUGAUCAAGAUAUACUUGGAUCUGGAUCCUAGAUGCCUUUGUGAUACUCAAAAACCUGAGAUGUCAGGCAUAAAAGUGAUCAACCAUCAGUGCAUUCCUUUGGCUCUGCAUGUAUGGUACCAUGGAGGAGAAACUCAUACCCUGAGAACUGAAUUUGAAUGUUGGAGUGAUUAUGUGCAUGUCAGGAUACACUGUCAAUCACAGAGUGCAGAGGCUGGGCAACAGAGUGGUCCUGGCACAUACUAGCUACAUUACCCCAAAUCAUUCAGACCCUCUAAGGCUAGUCUAGUAACUCUCAAAAUGUGCUCCGGAUCUCCAGCAUCUGUGUCAUCUGUAACUUGUCUGAUAUAUCUCUUCUACUGACAGCCCUAAGCCUAGAGAAUCAACAAUUCUACAAGUAGACAAAGCUGCCUGGCUUAACAGAACUCCAGGUGCACCUGAUGCCUGAAAGACUUCAUUCUCUGAUGUCACUUCCAAGCUGUGCCUCCUCCUGAGUCCUGGGUGCAUAGCGUAAUGUCCAUGUUGUUCUACACUCUGAUCACAGCGUUAUUGAUCGGCGUACAGGCAGAACCGUACACAGAUAGCAAUGUCCCAGAAGGAGACUCUGUCCCCGAAGCCCACUGGACUAAACUUCAGCAUUCCCUUGACACAGCCCUCCGCAGAGCCCGCAGUGCCCCUGCUGCACCAAUAGCUGCCCGCGUGACAGGGCAGACCCGCAACAUCACUGUGGACCCCAGACUGUUUAAGAAACGGAAACUCCGCUCACCCCGUGUGCUGUUCAGCACCCAGCCUCCACCCACCUCUUCCGACACACUGGAUCUAGACUUCCAGGCCCAUGGUACAAUCUCCUUCAACAGGACUCACAGGAGCAAGCGCUCAUCCACCCACCCAGUCUUCCAAAUGGGGGAGUUCUCAGUGUGUGACAGCGUCAGUGUGUGGGUUGGAGAUAAGACCACAGCCACGGACAUCAAGGGCAAUGAGGUGACAGUGCUGGGCGAGGUGAACAUUAACAACAGUGUAUUCAAACAAUAUUUUUUCGAGACCAAGUGCCGAGCCCGCAAUCCUGUUGAGAGUGGAUGCCGGGGCAUUGACUCCAAGCAUUGGAACUCAUACUGCACCACGACUCACACCUUUGUCAAGGCGCUGACAACAGAUGACAGACAGGCUGCCUGGAGGUUCAUCCGGAUAGACACAGCCUGUGUGUGUGUGCUCACCAGGAAGGCUCCACGAAGAGGCUGAUAUGCCUGCAGCCCCCUACCCCACCUGCCCCCUCCACACUCUCCUGGGCCCCUCCCUACCUCAGCCUGUAAAUUAUUUUAAAUUAUAAGGACUGCAUGAUAAUUUAUCGUUUAUACAAUUUUAAAAUCAUUAUUUAUUAAAUUUUCAAAGCAUCCUGUGUACCCA